UGUACAUCUCAUUUUCAUUUCAUUUUGUUCCGUGAUGGUAACAGGAAAAGAGUCCAGAUCGACGAGCGGCAUGAGGCAGCAGAGUGGCUGCAAAAUUUGGGUGCCUGCGUUCACUGUUCAAGCUCUUCAGAGACACACAUGCGUCAUUCCGCCGCCGAGAUGUAAUGUUUAUAAGGAAAUACCGUCGACGAACAGGAAGUUUAGAACGAACUACUUGAGAGGAAAUUUGCCCAUAGGAACGGAUCCCAAGGGUAAUAAAGUUUCUUGGAAAGCGGACAUAACCAAAUUAGAUUUCCAUUAUUACCUGCCCAUGUUCUUCGAAGGCCUCGUUGAGACAGAACACCCUUACAAAUUAUUCGCUCAGCAAGGAAUUCACGAUUUACUGACGCAUGGAGGAAACAAAAUUUUUCCGUGUAUUCCUCAGCUAAUUAUACCAAUCAAGGAUGCUUUAAGAACAAAAAACAAUGAAGUUAUGUGCAAUACGUUGCGCAUUUUGCAACAUUUGGUUAAAUCAGGAGACAUGAUUGGAGAAGCUUUAGUACCUUAUUAUCGACAAAUUUUACCCAGUCUUAAUAUUUACAAAGAAAAGAAUGUAAACUGUGGAGACGAAAUCGAUUACAGCCAAAUGAGAGGGGACAAUUUAGCAGAUGCCGUGAACGAGACGUUGCAGGUGUUGGAACGAUACGGCGGCGAAGAUGCGUUCAUAAAUAUCAAAUAUUUAAUACCAACUUACGAAUCGUGUAUGCUAAAUUAAAUUUAGUCCGACGUGAUCUUUUUUAUUCUUAUACAUAAUGCACUUUUAAUAUCAUUUUUAAUGUAAUUAUCAUUUUUUGUAAACUUUCAAGAUAAUACAAAAACUCUACACGA